CUGGGAUCUUCACUUGGCUAGGGCCUGUCUCUUAUACACAUCUAGAUGUGUAUAAGAGACAGUGAUCGAGGAGGAGGUGGAGGAGUUGGUGGUGGAGGUGGAGGAGGUGAAAGCCGAGGAGGAGGAGGAGGAGGACGAGGAGGUGGAGGCUCACCUUCAGCGACGGGUAGACGAGGAGCAGCUCCUGGCGAUCGCUCCAGCGGCGACAGCUAUGCCUGCAGCAGCGGAACAGCGGGAGGAAGAGGAGGAGGAGCAAAGGGAGGAGGAGGAGGAGGAGGAGGAGGUGGUGGAAGACGAGGAGGAGGAGGAGGAAAAGGAGGACGAGGAGGAGGAGGAGGUGGAAGACGAGUAGGAAGAGGAGAGGGAGGAGGAGUAGGUGGAGGAGGUGAAAGCCGAGGAGGAGGACGUGGAGGCUCACCUUCAGCGACGAGUAGAGGAGGAGCAGCACCCGACGAUGGCUCUAGCGGCGGCGGCUAUGCCUGCGGCAGCGGAACAGCGGGAGGAAGAGGAGGAGGAGGAGCAAAGGGAGUAGGAGGAGGAGGAGGAGGAGGAGGUGGAAAAUGAGUAGGCGGAGGAAAAGGAGGAGGAGGAGGGGGAGGUGGAGAAGCUGGAGGUGAAAGCCGAGGAGGA